AUGUCGUUGGAACAAACGGCUUGUGACGACCUAAAGGCAUUCGAGCGUCGCCUGACAGAGGUAAUAGGAUGUUUACAACCUGCUACGAUGAGAUGGAGAAUUGUAUUGACAGUGGUGUCAGUCUGCACAGCUAUUGCUGCAUAUCACUGGCUAAUGGACCCACUGACUCCGGUAGUCUCAUUAACACAGUCUCUAUGGAAUCAUCCCUUCUUUGCUUUCAUUUCCACUUUUCUUGUUUUACUGUUCAUGGUGGGUGUACAUAGAAAGGUGGUAGCGCCGAGUAUCAUUACGGCACGGACGCGCUCCGUACUGAACGAUUUCAACAUGUCGUGUGACGACACAGGCAAGCUGAUCCUCAAGCCACGACCUGCCAACACCUAG